AUGGAAGACGAGGUGGUUCUGUUGGAUACAUGGGCCAGCAUGUUUGGGAUGAGGAUUAGGAUUACAUUAGCUGAAAAGGGAGUUCAGUAUGAAUACAGGGAAGAGAAUCUGGGGAAAUGGAGUCCAUUGCUUUUGCAGAUGAACCCCAUUCACAAGAAAAUUCCAGUUCUCAUCCAUAAUGGCAAACCCAUCUGUGAAUCUGCAAUUAUAGUGCAGUACAUUGAUGAAGUCUGGAAUGAUAAGGCUCCAAUCGUGCCCUCUGACCCUUAUGAGAGAGCUCAUGCCAGAUUCUGGGUAGAUUACAUUGACAAAAAGGUGUAUGAUACUUGGAGGAAAAUGUGGCUUUCUAAAGGAGAGGAGCAUGAGGAAGGGAAGAAGGAAUUAAUCUCUAUCUUUAAGCAGCUAGAAGAGACACUUGGUGGCAGACGUUUUUAUGAUGGGUACCACACAUACAUACUUGUCUCCACAUUGAUGAGAUAUUGUCCGCUUUGGGUCCAAGUCCUCACGGAUUUGCUUUUAGACAUCACCCAAAAGAUCUCUCAACCAAUGGAGACAAUUGUGUGUAUAUAAAUCCAUGUUCAUCCUCUU